AUGUCCACCGCCGUCUUCGAACUGUUUGGUAAGCUCGCCGGGGUGGCCACUACCGGCCAGCAAGGGGCCCCAUCUGCCCUCGAGAUGGCACCACCGCAGAUGCUCCUGCCGACAGACGAGGAGUGUGUGCUGUACGGGCAGAAGAAGCCGAUCGUGUUCUUUUACGAGCCACGGGGAGCGCAGCAGCUUGCCAGCGGCGCGGCAGAUGGCAACUCCGGACCCGGUGCCGGCGCGGCUCUCACUUCAAGCAGUCGCACAAGUUUAUUGCAAGGGUGGCCAGUGGAGUUGUCUGCAGCGCAGCUGGCGUCCCCGGGGACGGCGGUGCAUGCACUCCGCGUGACGAAUGCCGAGGAUGACCUACACAAGACGCUGUCAACACAGGAGGUGUGGGCUGACUGGCCGCAGACCAUCCGCGGCUGGCAACUCUGCCCCAUGAGUCAUCUGUGCGCUGUGGUGUGCAUCAACGGUGCAGCUCCGCAUGUGUAUCUGCUGGCCUCGCGCUACGAACUGGUGGGCACCUCCGCUGUGUACGAGCGAUACCUGCUGCUGAGGCCGCCGUCGAAGGACAGCGGCCGUGACGCAGCAUCUAAUGUUUUGGCGCCUGCGACGACGGCAGCGGACUCGGCGUCCAUCAGUGUCACCGAGUUGCGCACCCUGCGGCGUAUCGCCUGCCUCUGCCGAUGUUUCUGCAGUAGCGGUGCGGAGGCGCAGCCACGCACAGCGCGGUCACGCGGUGUCGGCAGCGAUACGCUCGCGCCGCCGCCACCGCUGCCGGACUACGUUCUCCACCUGGUGCCCACCUCCCUUCAGUACACCUUCUGCUUCGCCGCGACGGCACUGCUGAGUGCGGCAGACGAGGAACGCUGCCAGUCGUGGGCCAUGACAGCGACGUCGUUGAGCCGGCUAAAGUUCAGCUCGCGCUACCAGUCUUGCUCGACGACCGAGGCAGCCAACACCUCCGGCGCACUCUCCGAUGGCGGACACACGACAUACUUCGAGUCCGCGACGCAGUCGCGUGACCGCAGUACCUCUGCGGUGCGCGUGGUGGAGGGCGGCGUCGGCACGACGAGCGCCUCUGGCGCUGGCUUCAGUGAGGACCCCCGGUCAGCGCCGUCGACGCCGGCGCGGCCGCUGCUCGCGAUGAGUCGCAUGGAUGAGCAGCGUGGUGACGCGCUCCAGAGAGCGAGUCACCACGAGGACAUGCACCAAGAUGGCGAAGGCAAUCUGGAGGAGCGCCUUCCGCCAUCGCAGCGGUGGCGAGCCAUGGCGCUCCGUCGCCUUCUCGACACGUCCUUCUACGAUGAACAGGUGCCAGCCGGGUGGCGGCGCUGGCGCUACGCGUCGAGUGGCAUUCUGUGCCGCCCCCUCGUGGUCGACUCACUUGACGGCAUCGUCCGCUACAUCCACGGCAGCCGUCUCGCCUUCUACACGGCAGUCGCAUUUCUCGAUCGGUUCAUCGCCGUUACGGUGGACCCCCUCGCCAACUUCUUCGCCUACAAACGCCAGGUCCAGCGGGGUCGCUCGCGGCAGGAGAUGGACUGCCGAAUGCUGGCGAUGCACGGCACGAGGCCUACCGACCCGCCCAUCGCCGCUGAGCUCCGCACCGAGCAGCUGUUCGACAACGGUCUCGACGGUGGUGUGCAGACGCGCGAAAUCUGCAGCUUUCUGACGCAGGUCAUCGUCGUGUGCAUCAUGCUCGGUAGCAAGACGGUCGACCUCUACCCCCCGCGUAUUCGCAGUUUGAUGGGCUGCGUCGAGGACACGGCCCCGAUCAGCGAGGAGGACUUCGUGAUCCUCGAGUUCCACGUUCUGCUCACGCUUGGCUUCCCUGUGCACCCCGUCACUCUCUUCGAGGCUGUCGGCGCACUGCUUACCUUCUCGACCAGCGAUGCCCUGUACGGCACUCUCACAGUGUCCCACACGACGCGGCGGCUGCUGGAGGAGCACCAAGACCGCGGCCACCUCGUCGACGACGUUGACCGGCUUAUGCAGGAAGAGGCUGAGGAGGAAGAGGCAGCAGCGGUGGCAGGAAGCUCGCACCCGCACCAAGCCUCACGCGCCACCGCGCUGACACCGGCAGACCGCCGCGCCAUCAAUGAUUGGCUGCGGUUGCGCCUCUUUACGUGCUUCGUCUGCGACGAGGUCAUUCGCGCCAACGCUGGUGGCUCUGCCGCAUCGUCGUCCGUGUCUGCGUCGUCAGCUAGCGACAGCACCCCGCGCCGCCUUGGCGGCUGCGUCAGCAGCAGGAUGGCCGCUGAGGAAGAAAGCAAGUUGCAGGACGGAGGCUUCAGUGUUCUCCAGUUCUCGCCCGUGCUCGUCGCUGCGGCGGCGCUCGUAAUAGCAGCCGAGCAGCUGCGCAUGCCCCUUCCUGCACCGAUGCUGCGACUUGUGCCAGCCCCCAUGCAAGCACGACUGCGCGAAGCCCCGAUCGACGCCAGCACCGACGUCGGUCGCAGCAAUGGCUGUAGCCGUUCCGGACAUGUCAUGGCCGCGUCGCACCGAAGAGGCCAGAACAUGAGCACGUGUGACGUGGCGAUUGAUGAGUCGAACGUGCUGGGACGUGGCGCCAGCGCUGAGGCAAGACACAACGAGGCGUCGACCGGGUUGCGCCUCACGGCGGCCGCCACGGAUGACCACUACAAGGUACUGAUGGAGCUAUCACUACUUCUGGAGCAAGAGCUGAGUCGACUCUCUGACGACAGCGACUUGCAGGGGCCGCCGCCUCUGGCAAGUGUGCCGGCCGCUGGUGCCACGCCCACCUCGACAAAUCUGGAAGAAGAGCAGGUCGGCGCUGGCAGCUGCAGCGCGGCAGCAGUGGCGGGGCCAUCGCCGUGUUUCACCCAUCCCUACACGGGUGCGCUGUCGCGUGGAGGGGCAGCUCGACGAGGAGCGGCUUUAGCCUCUGCUGCGUCGCCACGUGUGCGUCCGGCGAGCGCGCGUGCGAUCGACAUGUUCGGCCGCAUCAUUGCUCAGGUGAAGGCGAUACACCACAGGAGCCGAGAGAGCUGCCCGCCGGUGCUACUGCACCGCUAUCAGCCUCUCUUCCGGGAUGGCGUGUAA